CGCAUUUAGUUGCCGACUCAACUAGGUUUUUAUCUUUUACACCUACCACACAUGAACAUGAAAGUAUAUGUAUAUAAUAAGCCGGUUCUAGCAAACCUUCUGCUGCAGAUUUCAUCUCAACCAUGAAACUCCCCUCCGUACGACUUCCCAAUGGGCAUGGGAAGUUGGCGUCAGGAAAUAUUCUCAAGAGUGUUGUUAUUCUUCUUCCAUUCACUGUGCUCAUCAUCUUUUUACCAUUUUCUCUUACUAAAAUGUUUCAUUUUUCCACUCCUGAGAUGUAUGCCACCAUCACCACCACAAGUAGUUUGGAUUUUAACGAACCUCGUGAGCCUUCACAAUCCAAUUCACCUAUUUUUUUCUUUUCCAAUGAUUCAAAAAACAGUUUGGAUUUUAACAGUUCCAAUGAACUCUCAAAAUCCACUUUACCUGAACUUUUCUUUCCCAAUGAUUCCCAAAAAAGUUUAGAUUUUAAUAGUUCUUCACCUAAACUUUUCUUUUAUAAUGAUUCAAAACAGAGUUUGGAUAUUAAUGGUUCUCCAGAGCCUUCAGAAUACAAUUCACCUAAACUUUUCUAUUCCAAUGAAUCGAAACAUGUCCAGCCUUUAGAACCCAGUUCACCUGAAUUUUUCUUUUCCAAUGAAUCAAAACAAAGUUUGGAUUUUAAGGAUUCCGGUGAGUCUUCGGAACCCAGUUCACCAAAACCUUUAUAUUCCGAUGAAUCGAAAAAAAGUUUGAAUUUUAACAUCACACAAAUGAAACGAUGCAACAUCUUCUCUGGAGAGUGGAUUCCGUACAGUAAAGGACCUUACUACGAUAAUGAGACUUGCGAUUUGAUGAUAGACCAGCAAAACUGCAUGAAGUUUGGGAGACCCGACAGAGAGUUCCUGAAAUGGAGGUGGAAACCCGAUGAAUGCGAGCUUCCACUCUUUGAUGCAACCCUUUUCUUAGAGCUUGUCAGAGGAAAGUCCAUGGCCUUUGUUGGAGACUCGGUGGGAAGAAAUCAAAUGAAUUCUUUGUUGUGCCUCCUAAGUCAUGUUGCUCAUCCUGAGGACAUUACCAAGAGAUAUGCCACAGAUCCCAUAUAUUUCCGAAGGUGGUUCUAUGCAGAUUACAAUUUUACGGUUGUGACACUCUGGUCCCCAUUUUUGGUGAGAACCAGCGAUAUUGACAACAGCCUCACGAAACUGUAUCUAGAUAAGGCAGAUGAGUCGUGGACUAGUGAGGUUGAAACCUUCGAUUUUGUCAUUAUCUCAGCUGGCCAAUGGUUCUUUCGGCCAGCAUUGUAUUAUGAAAAAGGACAAAUUGUAGGGUGCCACAAGUGUGAACGAAGAAAAAUCAAAGACCUUAGUUACUAUUAUGGAUACAGAAAAGCAUUCAGAACUGCAUUGAGAACCAUAGCAAGUCUCGAAGGGUACAGGGGGGUGACAUUUUUGAGAACAUUUUCCCCUGCUCACUUUGAGAAUGCUGAGUGGAAUAAAGGAGGGAGUUGUGAGAGGACAAGGCCUUAUAGCAAGGAACAAAUGAGGUUUGAUGGGUAUAUUUUUGAGACAUAUAAGACUCAAGUGGAGGAGUUUAGAACAGCAAGAAAGGUUGCAAGGAAGAGGGGUUUGAAGUUUUUGAUGAUGGACACAACUGAAAUCAUGUUAAGGAGGCCUGAUGGACAUCCUAAUAACCAUGUCUGGCAUGCAGUGAACCAAAAUGUUACACAUAGUGAUUGUGUUCAUUGGUGCUUGCCUGGCCCUAUUGACACAUGGAAUGAGUUCUUAUUCCAUAUGUUGAAAAUGCAUAGUAAGAAAUCUUUUGUUUCAUAGUUACAGAGUUUUGUCUAAGACAUCACAGAUUUGCCAUAGACAUAUGAUUUUCUUUGGGCUGCAAUGGGCAUAGUAUAAUAAUGUAGUUAGCUACAAUAUUUGACUGUUGAUUCUUUAAUGAAAAUGCAAAGCAAUUUGUGGGUACAUGUAUAAUAAUGUUUUUUGGUGGUCCAUGUGUGACCAUGGAUACAUAUAUAUCUUAUUGUACUAGUUGCACAUUGUUAUAUCUUCGUUAUCAAAUUGGAAAGUGUUAAGGCCCAAA